AUGUCCGAAUCUCCUCCGCCGCCCCCAUCGUGGAGCAUCAGUGGCAUGGCCAACAACACCAUGCAGUUCCUUCGUCUGCCGGUUCUGGCCUCUUCUGGCCUCGCAGUGGUCGCCAGUGGCCUGCUUUACUUCAAGCAAAACGAAUUGAUCUACCCCCGCAAUGUCCCCGUCGAUGCGCGGACAAAUGUCCCUAACCCCCGAGAUUUCGGCAUCAAGGACUUCGAGGACCUCCAGAUCCCCACACCUGAUGGCGAGUCCCUUCACGCCCUAUUCCUUCGUCCGCCUAUGGGCCGCCGCGCGCGCAACCUCACUGUUCUCAUGUUUCACGGCAACGCCGGUAAUAUUGGUCACCGAGUUCCAAUUGCCAAGGCCGUACUGGAUACACUUCAUUGCAAUGUUUUCAUGUUGGAGUACCGUGGAUAUGGCUUCUCGACGGGAACUCCUGACGAAGCGGGUCUGAAGAUCGACGCUCAGACUGCAUUGGAUUAUCUGCGACAGAGACCCGAGACGAGUGAUGGCAAGAUUGUGGUCUACGGACAGAGCUUGGGCGGUGCGGUUGCGAUUAACCUGGUUGCUUCCAAUCAGGAGCAGGAGGAUGUGAGCGGGUUGAUACUCGAAAACACCUUUUUGAGUAUCCGGAAAUUGAUUCCUAGUGUUUUCCCUCCAGCGAGAUAUCUUGCCCGACUAUGUCACCAAUACUGGAACAGCGAAGAAAUCCUUCCUCAGAUCAGCAAAGUACCCAUCCUCUUCCUGAGCGGAUUGAAAGAUGAGCUUGUGCCGCCCACAAACAUGACCCAACUCUUCUCCGUCUGUAAAUCCGAGCGCAAGAUCUGGCGCACCCUGCCAAACGGCGGACACAACGACUCCGUAGCCGAACCAGGCUACUUCGAGCAUAUCCACUCCUUCAUCACCGAAGAAGUCAUGGAUGAUGAAAAAUGA